CACUUAGGAGAGAAGGGAGUGUGUGCUAUUGAGCCAGCACAUUCCUCAGAAGCUGCCCGGCCCUGUAUAGAGCAGCCUGUGUGUAUAAGUAGAGCCCAAGAGACUGGAGCCGGCUCAGCACUGAUCGGCCCUUUCAGCACCACUGACAGCUCCAGUAUCCCAGCCACUAUGAGCCGCAGCCCAGAAAGAGUCUCUUCUUACCGCCGUCACUUUGAGGAGCUGGACAGCAGCUCAGUGGUGAAGCUCAGGGUUAGCAGCCCUUCCCCGCCAAGGAACAGGAGAUCAGCCAGCUACAGCCGGGUAACGCGGGAGGAACAUGCUAGCAGCAGGAGGACAGCCUCGGCCACCCGGAGGCCCCGCAGCAUGUUUAUCCCAUGCUUUGGUGCUCAAAUGGGACCUACAGUGGAUCUGGAAGCAGCCAGUGCAGCCAACCAAGAAUAUCUGAGCACCAGGAGCAGCGAGAAGCAAGAGAUGAUUGUGCUGAAUGAUAGACUGACUAAGUACAUUGAAAGGGUGCGGGAUCUAGAACAGCAGAACGCCUCUGCCCAGUGUGAGUUGGAUGCACUGCGCAGCCGGUGCUACAAACCAUCCAAUCUCAGGGCUCUAUAUGAGGAGCAGCUGAAGGAACUACGUAGGGAGGCUGAACAGGCCAAGCUUCAACGGGACUUGGCAGUGGCUGCUAAGGUACCAGUGGUGGACCAACUCAGUGCAGUAAAGAAACGCCAUGAAGAUGCUGUUGAGGCAAGGAAAAAGGCCGAAGAAGAUAUUGAAGCUUUGCGCCCUGAUGUGGAUGCUGCCACAGCAGGACGCAUAGCACUGGAAAAGCAACUGGAGACUUUGGAAGCAGAGAUUUCUUUCCUGCAGAGAGUACAUGGAGAGGAGAUUGAAGAACUGAUGAAACAAAUCUACAACAUGAGCACUUCCUGCGAUCUUGCCUUCUCCAUCCCAGAUUUUGCUGCUGCUCUCAGGGACAUCCAGAUGGAAUAUGAAGCAAUAGCAGCUAAGAACCUGCAGGAAAUGGACGAGUGGUACAAAAGCAAAUUUGUUGACUUCAGUCAAGUUUCUACAAAGCACGUGGAGAAUGUGAGACAUUACCGAGGAGACAUGGCAAACUGCAAGAGAAGCAUUAAAAGUAAAGAAAUGGAACUCAAUUCACUUAAGAACAGAAAUGCUAUUCUGGAAUCUCAAGUUAAAGAAACUCAAGAAAAGAACAAGAAAGAGAUAGAGGAGCUACAGGAAAAAAUCAGUAAAUUAGAAGAUGAUUUGAAGACAUUUAAACAUAAAAUUGCUUUGCACUUGCGAGAAUAUCAAGAUUUACUGAGUGUGAAAAUGGCUCUGGAUAUCGAGAUUACUACAUACAGAAAACUUAUUGAAGGAGAGGAUAGCAGACUUGGUACUUCGGUUAGUGGCCUACACAUACUGGGUAAUCUGUCAGAAACCCUACAAGUGAGCACCACUCAGACCUUCUCCAAGACAUCCGAGCGGAAAGAGAGCAUAACUGUCCUAAAAAGUUAAUGUGGAUGAAGAAAGCUGAAUAAUGGCACACAAAGAAGCAGGAGGAGCUAUCAGUGUAUAAGACUGUCUCCAAUAUCUUUCUCUCUCUGACUACAUUGGCUGGAAUGGUUGAGCUGCUAACUAUAAUCCCUAGCUUCACAAUAAAUAUCCAUAUAUGAUUUCUUAACUCGUUUGCUGAAUAAAACUUAUACUUUGAGCAUUAAA